GUUCCAAUUGAUAUCGUGAAUUCCAGAAAUUUCUGUGAGGACAACAUCGCUUGGAACCGAUCCAUCCAUCGAGUGAGUUCCCGGCGGCUGGAUGUCGCAAAUGAGAUAAAUGUGGCGAUAAACCCGGCUGAGUGAAUUUAGUAUGCGGCCAUCGUUGUUAGCUGCAGUUAGCACGCAGCCGGUUAGCAGGACGUCAGCAGCAGCAGCAGCUACACGUUGAUGCUUCAAGUGAAGGUCCAACAAGGUAGUUAAACCACAAUUUUGGGUGUCAUGGCUCCUCACCCAGCGGUCCAAGCUUUCAUCGACCUGUCGUCAGGAGCAAUAGGCGGUGCGGCUUGUGUGUUCAGCGGUCAGCCGCUGGACACGGCCAAGGUCAAGAUGCAGACUUUUCCAAAGAUGUACCGAGGCUUCGUCCACUGCAUCACCUCCACCUACAGACAGGUGGGGCUGCGGGGACUCUACCAGGGGACCACACCAGCGCUGAUGGCCAACAUAGCCGAGAACUCUGUGCUCUUCAUGAGCUACGGCUUCUGCCAGCAGGUCAUCCGCUUGAUGGCCGGACUCCAGAGUGACGCGGUGCUCAGUGACAUGCACAAAGCGUGCGCCGGCUCUGUGGCUUCAAUCUUCUCCUCACUGGUCCUCUGUCCAACCGAGCUGGUCAAGUGUCGGCUGCAGGCCAUGUAUGAGAUGGAGGCGUCCGGCAAGAUUGAGGCGCGACAGAACUCCGUGUGGUCUGUGGUCAAGUCCAUCAUGAGGAACGAGGGUCCGCAGGGCUUCUUCCAGGGUCUGACCACCACCAUCGCCAGAGAGGUCCCCGGUUACUUCUGCUUCUUCGGUGCCUAUGAGCUGAGUCGCACAACCUUCGCCGAGUACAUGAAGUGCAGCAAGGACGACAUCGGCGUGGCUCCCAUCGUCUUCAGCGGCGGCUUCGGCGGGGCUUGUCUCUGGCUGGUGGUCUACCCCAUGGACUGUGUCAAAUCCCGAAUCCAGGUCAUGUCCAUGACUGGACGCCAGAGUGGCUUUUUCAAAACCUUCAUGACCAUCGCACGCACUGAAGGCGUCCGAGCGCUCUACUCGGGCCUCACCCCCACCAUGGUCCGCACGUUCCCUGCCAACGGAGCACUCUUCCUGGGCUACGAGGCCAGCCGCAAGCUCAUGAUGAAGCAGUGGGAGAGUUGAAGGUAGCAGCAUCUCAGCACUGGGAGGUACAAUGUACUGAGGGUUUCACAUUUUUUUAACUUGAAACUAUUUUAUUGUGAAGAGGAAAGUAUUUUAAGCGUGUUAUAUUUUCUGCCUACCUCAAGAUAAACACUCCAGCAGGGAGCCAAGCUUCUGCUAAAAUAGCUUUGCAGUCUUCUUUCCCUCUUCCUUCACCUGUCCUCACUCCUUAUGUGCAGGGUCACUCUGCAGUUUUCAGACACCAGUGUUUUGCCUUGUUUCUCCUCUAAUGUGCCAACCAUCUGUUUUCGUGCUGCAAAACACCAACUCCUUUUACACUCCUUUUUAAUAUGAAAAAAAAAAAUCAUUUUAGAAGGCUGUAAAUAUGAAAUGUCGCGACCAUGA